AUGGCAUCUCUUCCGCUUCCCCGCGUUGAGUCCCUGGUGGAAUACACCUCCUUCAAGCUGACAGUUCUUCCCUACCUAGCCCAGCUCCAAUGGCUCCCCGCCAGCUUGCAAGAAGCUGGUCGGAAUCUCGAUAGCUUAAAGGAGGUUUACGUGGCCACCAACCCCAUGGUUUCCGCACUCGCGCUGUGCUCGGUUUUGGCUGGAGUCUUCUUCUUGGCUGCGGAAAUCAACCGCAAUUUUUCGCAAGUGGAUCGCUUUUGGAGCAUCCUGCCCGCUGUUUAUAAUGUGCAUUUCGCCCUUUGGGCGCGUUUGGCUGGAAUUCGCACCCAGACUUUGGAUACUAUCGCUGUGAUUAGCGUGAUUUGGAGCGUUCGCUUGACCUUCAACUAUUGGCGCAAGGGAGGCUACUCGAUUGGUUCCGAGGACUACCGCUGGGCGAUCGUGCGCUCAAAGGUUAACAACACCUUCCUUUUCACCAUCUUCAACUUCGUUUUCAUCGCUGCGACCCAAUCUCUUUUGCUCCUGCUCAUCACGGCCCCUACCUACACUUUCGUGAUCGCCGCAUACAACCAGGGUAGCGAGGUCUUCGGUCUUCCCGACCUCGCCUUCUCCCGCUUUGCGCUCUUCUUGAUCGUCAUCGAGUACUUCGCCGAUCAGCAGCAGUGGAACUUCCAGACCGCGAAGCAUGAGUACCAGACUAAGGCGCGCAUUCCCGAGCCCUACCGGGACCACUACACCCCCGAGGAUCUCGAGCGUGGCUUUGUGGUCAGCGGUCUCUGGUCUUGGUCGCGCCACCCCAACUUUGUCGCCGAGCAGGCUGUGUGGCUGACCAUGUACGUCUGGGCUGCCUACCGCACCGAGACCUAUGCCUCAUGGAUUGGUCUUGGUGUUGUGGGUUACCUGCUUAUCUUCCAGGGUAGCACUCGCUUGACUGAAGCGAUUAGCGCGAAAAAAUACCCCGAGUACAGUGAGUACCAGGCUCGCGUUGGCAGAUUCAUCCCCCGUCUGUCUGUGGAGGCCAAGAAGUCCAAGCCUGCUGCCAAGAAGCCUGCUGCCAAGAAGCCUGCUGCCAAUAUUGAGGGAGCUGAGGAGGAGACCGAGGUCAAGAAGACCAAAUAG